GCCAACCGGGUGCUCGCGCGCUGUUCGGUGAAUACCGGCAGCGAGGGGAGGCGCAUAUAUUGCGCGCAUCAGAAGAGCAGUCAGUGCGCGAAGGAGACUUCACGAGAGCGCUGCUUCAUUCAAGGAUACUAACCUGGGAUUGUACAACCACAUUUAACUUUUCAGCUCUACGCGAAGUGAACGGACAGCAAAACUUAGUUAUACUAUAACAGCGUUAAAUAUCAGUGCGCAUAUUUGUUAGUUCCUAUAACACUAUUGCGUUGGAAUUAUAACUUAUAUUGACUUGGGCAGUGCAAAACAUUUGUGUAUUUGGAUUGUUUAGGCUUGGACAGCCAUGACGACCUUCUGCAAGUUAAAUCACGUGUGAGAUCCAGUACAGGACGCAUUGGACCAGCACCAGGUCUAGGUUUCUCCUAUGUAGACUUGAGCUGGUGCGCGGGUUCGUUUAAAGGCAGAUCUCUUCAAGGUAUGGUUCUGGACUCCUCGCGCUCAGGAGCGACUCCAAGGCUCCUACGCUAUUCAUCUUUCUUACUGGGUGGAAAACUGACAUUGGAAGGAGAUGAGAACCUUAUUCUGCUGCUUUCUGCUCCUCACCUCGCACCUCCUGCCAGCAGCUGCUGAGAAGGAAUUCGCAAUCCCUCAAGAUUUCAUCGACAGACUAUCGCACAGUGAAAUCAACAGCAUCAGCGACCUCCAGCGGCUACUGGAGGUAAAUUCCCCAGGUCCUGGAAAUGAGGUGAUCGAGGAGGUCAAACACAGGCACCGUCAGAAGAACCAUCACCCAUCUCACCCUGCUUCCUCGGAUUUAAAGAGUCUCCAAAUGUCCCACAGACGAAAGAGGAGCAUUAUAGAGGAGGCGGUGCCAGCCAUGUGCAAGACAAGGACAGUGAUCUACGAGAUCCCUCGCAGUCAAGUGGAUCCCACGGCUGCAAACUUCCUAAUAUGGCCUCCGUGCGUGGAGGUGAAACGCUGUACCGGCUGCUGCAACACCGGCAACAUGCGCUGUCACCCGUCCAAAAAACACCACCGUACUGUCAAGGUGGCAAAGGUAGAGUUUGCAUCCCGUAAAAAAGCAAAAUUGAAGGAGGUGCUCGUCCGGUUAGAGGAUCACCUUGAAUGCGUGUGCACGUCACAGCAUCAUGUGACAGAGCAUGUGGAAUCAGACACAGGCCCACGCACAGUUAAAAAAGGUAAAAAACGGAAACACAGUAAGCAAGCAAUGGCACCACAGAUGAACAAGGACGUUCAAUAAAAAGUAAACGUUUCCUAACACUCAGAGGACCAAAAUAUCCUGCAGUAGAUAUGAGGUGAAACCGUAAUAAACGCCGAUCGAAGGACAUCAGUGGCUACGAACCGCUCCGUCACACCUGAGACUUUGACCUCUGACCCUACUGACCCAUCUCUGUUAUAUAAAGAUACUGUAUCCAGAGGAACUUCAAAAACGACAAAAUAACACCAAAGGUGCUUUCUACUCCUGCUAGGAUGUACUCUGUCAAACACUGAAGACGGCAAGAUAUGUAUUCAGUUAAUUAUUAAGUGGUCACACACUGGGCAGAAACGAUGAAACUGACAAGCAAGACAUUUGUAUCGUUUCUUUGUCGUUCACGCGAGAAUCUCAUAAAGGUCAAAGAUGUAAAUGAAGAGGAGCCUGUUGAAGAACACUAAGUUUUUAGAAACCGUGGCGUGAACAACACACUCUCUGGCUCGGAUCCACUCGAGCGGGAAUUAAGAUAAUCACGAGGAAUGGAUUCUAUGAACUCGAGGAAAGAGGAAAAACGCAUAAAGGGAUGUUUGGACAAAGCAGAAAUGUUGUCAUAUAAUCUUGCUAAACAGAAGACGCUAUUAUCUGCGGAUCUACAUCCCUCCGUUAGUCCUCCUGGGUCCAGAACAUUGAGUUUGACUGCCUGUCCAUGAAUAAAGAAAGACUUGAGUAUAUACAGUACAGAAGGCGACGUGUAAUUCAGUACCAGAAUAAAGUAUUUAUGUAUGUGAUCUCUAUCUCACCCUCUCAUAACCUCUCUGUCUCUAUGUCCAGUGUAAGAAGGACUCUUCCUCUUCAAUGUACAGUAAAAGCAUUAUCAGUACAAUUUUCUCAAAAUUUCAGUUUUAUUGUUGCAUUUUUUACAGCAUGUCACAAAACUAGCUUUUGUCUGUGUAAGACAGUUAUGGAAAGAUGCUUUAUUUUUGUUAAAAUAUAUUUAUAAUGUGUACGUAGAAUCAAGCAGGAAGUAUGUGUAUGUAUAUUUUUAUUAAUUGUGGUGUAAUGGUGCUUAACUCUUUCCCCGCCAUUGACGAGUUAUCUCGUCAAUUAAGAGAAAACGCUUCCCUGCCAAUGACAAGUUUUUACGGCAAUCCAUAUUUCCGCUAUUAUCCACUAGGUGGCGCUCUUACACAACAUAUAAACACUGACGCAUUCACGGAUCAAAAAACAGUAAAAACUGUGUAUGCUUUGAUCAUCGUUAUGUAUCUCUAUCAAAAGUCCUUUACAAAAACACAAUUAUCUUUUUUAUUUUUGAAGAAACCCAUAUUUGAGAGAUAAUAAAAUUAUAGGAUAAAAGGAUUUUUGAUUGGAUUUUUUUGUUUGUUUAAAGCAACACAUUCUUACAUUUGAUAUAUUUUAUGUUUAUAUAUUUAAAGAAGAACAUUUUAUGGAAGGCAUUAAACGUUUCUGAAAAUAAAAUAAAAAGCUGGCACUGGCUGGCAACUUUUUUUUUUAAACGCUGGCGGGGAAAGAGUUAAUGUGAUUUGCUCAAGAGGACAUAUUCCUGAAUCAACAUCCUUGUUGGUCCUGCCAAGACAUUUCUAUCAACCAAUCAGAUGUUCUUGUCAACCUGUUUUAUUUCUCUGAUUCUUAGAGGUCACAAGGUUGAGGUUAUAAAGACUCGUGAUUUGUGCUGUGAUUGUUUGAUGGGAAUGUUGUACAAGGAGCAACAAUCAGGAGUAUGACUUGGCUAAAACUUAUUGUACAUGUCAUGAUUGCAAGGAAUGGGAAGGAAUGGUCUUGACCUUGAUGCUAAAGAGAUGCUACACAGCAGGGCUAGUCUGUCUGGAUCCUGGAUGCUUGCUGUCCCUCAAAGUUUACCUCCAACUUUAAACCAAUGCACCUGCAGAAGCAAAUCAAAGACUUUGUCCCAAAUGCUGCCCUUAACACUUAUGACCUUCCUAGAAGUCGGCACUUUAAUGACGUAAAGUCUGCUGUGAAGCUCGCAAAAGUGCAGGCUCAGGAAAAGUUCACAUCAAACCUAAAAUGACAAAUGAGACACCCUAUGUGGACUCACUCGAAGUCCACUUGAAGUGCGCCAUUUGGGACGUAGCCAAAGUUGAGAUUGACAGGCAGGUGUGUAGGGUUGUUACUAAACUCUGGGACAUUGGCCAUUCAGGACUGGACUUGACUUGCCCUGCUGUACAGGAUCUGCAGUAUGGCCAUUGUAGUAAGUACUAAAGGGACCAUCUGUCACAUUGUUGGUUCAUUAUUUUCUAUUACUCACCAUAACCUGCAUACACAUAGACAACUCAACUAGACAGUAAACAAUUUCCUUACGUAUAAAGCUAUGUAACAAAUAAAAAGCUCUGAACAAA